GUUGGACGUAACCAAGAACAGAGAGUCCUCAGAAAACAGAGAGAAGAAGAAGAUGCCGAGAAUACUAUGCUUCAACUGAGAAUACUACUCCGUUGUCGACUCCUUUGUUGUUUAUUUUGAGAACCCCGGUAGACCUCGUCCGUUUGAUCUCUUCCACCGUGGAUUUCUUUUUCUUUCUGUAGUUUCUGUGACUUCUUUCAUUUCAUUCAAGCCAUGACAUGAACUGUAUCACCCUGUCAAUCAACUCAGAUCUGGAUCAAAGAGGUUGGACGUUGUUGGAAGUAACGGGGUAAAAAUAGAUGUGACGCUGAUAUCUCUCGGACGGACCCACCUGAAACGGAGUCAACAACACUAACCAACGACUCUACUCCCCUCCAUCCUGAACCACUCAUUCCACCGACAAUCAGCAUCCACCACAAUCCUCCGUCCUUGUCCUCCCAUUCCUUCAUUCUCACUCUGAAACCAUGGCAGACUCCCAAUUCGACAGCGCCCUCGACCUCCUCCGCCGUCUCAACCCCCGCGACACAAAACAGCACCUCAACGCCAUCACCUCCAUCGUCCCCGAUCUAGCCGAAGACCUCCUCUCCUCCGUCGACCAGCCCCUCGAGAUCCGCCGCUGCCCCAAAUCCUCCCGCGAUUACCUCCUUUGCGACUACAACCGCGACGGAGACAGCUACCGCUCCCCCUGGAGCAACGAGUUCGACCCCCCGCUCGACGACGGCACCGUGCCCAGUGAGCGCGUGCGCAAGCUGGAAAUUGCGGCGAACGAGGCUUUUGAUGUCUACCGUGAGCUGUACUAUGAGGGGGGUGUUGGGAGUGUGUACUUUUGGGAUUUGGAUGAUGGGUUUGCGGGGGUGAUUUUGUUGAAGAAGGGUGUCACCCCCGGCGGCAAGAGCUCCGGCGAAUGGGACAGUAUCCACGUCUUUGAAGCGACCGAUCGCGCCCGCAUGUCCCACUACAAGCUGACCAGCACGGUCAUCCUCCACCUCGCCAACGAGACCGAGGCCCUGGGCGAGAUGGAUCUCAGCGGGAAUAUGACCCGUCAGGUGGAGGUUGAUCUGCCCGUCGAGUCGGAUGCCAGCCAUGUCGCGAACGUGGGUCGCUUGGUUGAGGAUAUGGAGCUGAAGAUGAGGAACUUGCUGCAGGAGGUCUACUUUGGCAAGGCCAAGGAUGUCGUUGGGGAGUUGCGGAGCGUCUCUUCCCUCUCCGAAUCCAGCAAGGAGCGCGCAAACCACGCUGAGAUGAUCCGGUCGAUGCACGGGUAGUAGUUUACUUUGAUUGUAUGUAGAUGAGCUGAGGUCCUGGUGAUCCGCAGUUCGAGCGUGCCACUGGACUAAUAAUGGAUUGCUCUCAAUAAUAU